CCAAGUCCGUUUUAGCAAUAUGAAAGUUGGCAAUGUGACCCAUCUAACGCUUGUGAUCCUACUGUCCUCAGCGGUUCCCCUAGCUACAGCACUCAAUACCAUUUGUGAGAACCGGUUCAACGAUCUGUCCUUCGCGGACCCCGCCAGUUGCUCCAGCUUCUAUGUGUGCCAGCGAGGAAACGCCGUCCGGCGGGAGUGCUCCAAUGGCCUGUACUUCGACCCCAAGAUCCAGACCUGCAAUCUGCCGGGACUCGUCAAGUGCUUCAACGGGGAGCGCGGAGUGGCCCUCCUGGGAGGAGGCACGCCCAACCAGACCCAGAAGGCGGUGGCAGCCACCACCGCUCGUCCACUGCAGACCACGACCCUCUGUCCCCCGACCACCACAACUGGCCACCACAUAGAGACCACCAAGAAAGCGAAAAUAGUAUCUGCGACAACAAAGUCUCCAAUCGAGGAAGCCGCAGGAGACCACAAAAUCCGAAUCGAUGUGUUGAGAUCUUCGCGGGACUGCCGUGGAGUGGACGACGGAGUGUACCUGACGGACCCCCGACAUUGCCGACGCUACUAUAUGUGCCUCAGGAACCGGGCCAAGCGCCACAGUUGCCCCCCGAAACAGUGGUUCAACAGGGAGCUCCUCAUCUGCCAGGACCAGGCCGAAGUCCUCAACUGCCCCUCCAACCGGAAUUAGUCAGCUGUGUUAUUAGAUUAUCGGAAAAUAUACGUGUGUAACCAAGAUCUGGUAACAGAUAUCCAAAACCAUGUGGAGUACUUCGGCUGAAAGAAAAUAAUACACAUAUUUCACAUUUUUAGAUCUAGAUAAAAUGAAUUUGCAAGUUCCUUCAAAAUUUCCAACACUAACACCACAGUGUCCGAGUUAGUUAAACCCUUAAAAAGGCUCUAUUAAACGUUUAAAUUCACACAGCAAGGAAGUCAUUUUUGAAAUUAUUUAUUAAAAGAAGUGUUUGGUUAUGAUAUAAUA